AUGGACGGCGUGGCGGCGGCGGUGCCCUUUGCGGGCGGGGGGGCCUCUGGGAAGGACACGCUGGGGGAGGGACCCUGCUGGGGCACCGACAGGCCGUGCUUCCACGUGAUGCCGCGCUUGGGCUGGAUGAACGACCCCAACGGACCGUUCUACCACGAGGGGCGGUACCAUAUAUUCUACCAGCAAGUUACGUCAGGCACGAGCUGGGACUUCGGCAUCGUGUGGGGCCACGCCGUGUCGACGGACCUGGUGCACUGGGAGCACCUGCCGCCGGCGCUUUCCCCCACGCCAGGCUCGCCCGACGCCGACGGCUGCUUCUCGGGCUGCUGCGCUGUGGACCACCUGACUGGCCUGCCGACGAUCCUGUACACGGGUGUGCGGCUGAGGAGCAACGUGGCUCCGGGGCCCAUGCCGCCGCCGGAGGCCGACCUUAACCUGGAGUUCAUCGAGUCGCAGUGCGCCGCUGUGGCCGAAGUCGGUGACAAUAAGCUGAUCAGCUGGCGCAAGUUGGCCCACCCGUUCAUCCCUCUUCCUCCUGCCCACAUGCCGCUCACUGGCUGGCGUGACCCUUUUAUCUUUGAGAAGGGCGGGCCGGGAAAGGAGUGGACGAUGCUCAUCGGGAGCGGCAUCAAGGGGGCUGGUGGUGCAGUCAUGGUGUACAAGUCCAUGGCGCUGACAGCAGGGUGGCGAUACACAGGAAUGCUGUGCAUCGGUGAUGAGCAGGAGACGGGGUGCAUGUGGGAGUGCCCACUGCUAGUGAAGCUGUCCAGCACAACCAACGCGAAACAGGGGCAGCAUGGCAGGUCUUCCCACCCCCACUCACUGACAGGCACGGGACAGCCAUCGUGGAUGCACUGGGACUGGGACGACAUGUUCCCUGAAGACCACAACCUGGAGCCUAAGGAGAGCCCCAUGGCGUCAUGCAGUGGCCGUGGUGGUUGCUCUCAGGAGGGAUGCCAGUAUUUCUUCUGCGUCAGCCCUGAUGCGCCCACCAACCCCGUACUGUACUGGCUGGGGGACUAUGUGGGAGGCCGGUUCCUGAUGGAGGGCGCAAAGGGCCCGUACCGCCUGGACCUUGGCAACAUUCUGUAUGCUCCAAAUAUUAUGGAGGAUGUGCAGGGUAGGUGCAUUCUCUGGGGCUGGCUCCAGGAAAGGCCACGAAUGGACACCCACAGCUACACCCCUGACUAUGCUGGCUGUUUGGGAGUGCCACGGGUGCUUACUGUAGUGGACGGCAAGCUCAUCCAGGAGCCCAUUCCCGAGAUCGCCCAACUAAGGAGGGGCGUGUGCUGGCACGAGAUGCAUGUUCACAUCUUUCCAGACGAGCCAAACCCCCUGAAGUACUUGGGGGGAGGCGCACUGGACAUCGAAAUCGAGCUUGAGCGUGGGGAAUCUGUUGCUGCAGGCCUACUGCUGCAGUCAUGGCUGCCUGAUGGGGCUGGCACAGCCGUCAUCCUUGUCAACUGGGACUGUGGCACCCUGGAGGUCAUUCAGCGCCCCAGCGGCUUUGGAUCCUUUGACCUCUUUGGCGACAGUGACAGGGUGGGUGGUGCGAUUGACAUCAAGCCUGGAGAGCCGCUGGAGCUGCGAAUCCUCAUCGACCACUCAUGCGUUGAAGUCUUCUGUGGUGGUGGGGAGGUGCUGAGCACAAGGGUGUACAGGGGCAUCCCUCCGAUUGGUGCAGAUGCAGGGAUCGAUUUUGUGGCCUAUGGCGGGUUUGCACGGCUUGCACGUGUGAUGGCCUUUGAGAUGAACCCAAUAUGGAAGUCUGACAUCCAGCCUCCGAUAGACAGGGAUGGUGAUUGGAUCAACGAAGACCAGUAUGGCAAGGCCUGA